ACAAUUUGUGACAACUGUGGGCUCUUUGGGAGGGCAGAGUGACCCGCGGGCUCAUGUGAUCCCUAAUGGAGCGCGGAUUGCGGGGAGCUGGUUGGAUAAUUAGGAGUUUGGUAAGUUUUUUUUAAUUCCACCCAUCAACAGGACGCGCCUCCUCCGCGCGCCACGCGCGGCGGCUGGAGUCUACAAAUGGGAGGAAGGAGUUCUGCAAAAGUUGAGCAGAUGAGCUGUAUGUCAUCUCCAACUAGCUGAUCACACAAGUGCGGGAGUUAUUCAUAACUUAAAUGGCCGAAGAACUGUUGACGGAAAAUGACGCAAAGAUCAGCGGGCAUCUCACCAGGUCACUGCUGGCGGUGGCCUUCCUGUCCUCCUUCGGCAGCUCCAUGCUCUACGGCUACAACUUGGCGGUGGUCAACUCACCUGCAGAGUACAUCAAAGCCUUUUACAACGAGACACUACUCGAGCGUCACGACGAGCCUCCAGAGGAGCACGUUCUCACCAUCCUCUACUCCAUCACCGUGUCCAUCUUUGCCAUCGGGGGGAUGGCCGGAGCCCUGCUGGUGGGCAAACUGGUCACCAAAUACGGAAGGAAAGGGACGCUGGUGAGAGCCACCAUGCUGGUCUUCAUAGGAGGAUCUCUGAUGGGCUUCAGCCGAUGGUUCAGGAGCCCCGCGAUGGUCAUCGCUGGACGCUUCGUCACAGGAGUCCACUCAGGGAUCUCGCUCAGCGUGGUGCCCAUGUACCUCGGCGAGAUCGCCCCCAAAAACCUGCGAGGCUUCCUGGGCCUCGUUCCCAGCAUCCACAUUUGUCUGGGAGUCUUCAUCGCUCAGGUUCUGGGGCUCUCCGAACUGCUGGGAAAGGAGGAGUACUGGCCUUUGCUGCUUUCCCUGGUGGUAUUUCCUACUAUGGUCCAGCUGAUGCUGUUGCCAUGGUUUCCAGAGAGUCCACGGUACCUGCUGAUAGAGAAAGGAAACGUGCACGCAACCAUAACAGCCCUGAAGUGGUUUCGUACGAAGGGAAACAUCCAGGCGGAGGUGGAGGAGAUGCAGGAGGAGCAGCGCUCGCUGUCCACCAUCGAGACCCUUUCCGUGCGCUGGCUGCUGAGGGACCGCUCCGUGCGCUGGCAGGUCAUCACCAUCGUGGUGGUCAACAUCGGCAUGCAGCUGUCUGGGAUCGACGCGAUAUGGUUCUACACCAAUCAAAUAUUUAAGGACGCGGGGAUCCCAGAGCCACACAUCCAGUACACCACGGUGGGAACCGGAGCCAUCGAGGUCAUCGCCGGGAUGCUGGGGCCAAUCACAGCUCUUCUCUCUUGUCCGUCCAUCGUUCAGUGUUUCACCAUCGAGCGCCUGGGCAGACGGCCUCUGAUAAUUGGAGGCUUCCUGUUCAUGGGAGUGUGCUGUGCCGGGAUCACCGUGUCCGUCCUCCACCAGGAGGAGUAUGCCUUCAUGCGCUACAUCAGCGUGGGAUGCGUCGUGGGGAUCAUCGCCGGUUUCUGCAUCGGCCCAGCUGGCGUGCCCUUCCUGAUCACGGCGGAGCUCUUUAAGCAGUCCCACCGCCCGUCUGCCUACACCGUGGCCGGCUGCCUCAACUGGAUGUCCAACUUCACCAUCGGCUUUGUGUUUCCCUUCCUGGAGGAGGCCACGGGCCCCUACUGUUACCUGAUCUUCUGCGCCAUCUGCCUGGGAGUGGCGGCCUACGCCAUCUUCAUCAUCCCCGAGACCAAGAACAAGACCUUCCUGGAGAUCAGCCAGCUGUUCGCCGCCAGGAACAACGUCUUCGCCGAGGAGCCGACGCCCAACACCCACCUGAAGAUGGCCAUGAUGAACGGUUACGGCACCCUGGGCCACCACGAGGAGAAGAUAGAGGGAGGAGCCUGAUGGAGGCUCCAGGGAUCUGGGGAAAACGUCAGAAACGAGACACGAAAAACGGGGUUCGGGGAGAUCAGGUGCGUUCUCAGUCUGCGUUUCGGGGGACGUUGUGAUUCAAAUCCAGCCUCAGUGACAUUUUCCACCAUUUCCUGGAAUCUGAAGGCAGUUAUCGAUCGUUCUUCUCUCCGGUACCAACGACCCGCCUCCAUCAACUGCUUCCCAGUUAGCGUCGACAACUAUUUAUUUCCUUUUGAUAUUUCGGGGGGACGUUUCGAUAACGGACGCAGAACUUCCACCAGAUUGCCGGCGGACAUCCAGGAGAGCCCUUUGCUGUUGCUUCACUCUGUAUUAAAAGGUCGUGAGACAUACUGUGAAGUGUAGAGUGUUUCUGUCCCCCUGCAGGAUGUUUUUGCUGUUGAGUUUGUAGCUUCACAAAACGCCUCCUGUGACGACCGAAGUCACUUUUUAUUCAAGGGAGCUGAUUAUCGUAACUACCGUGGUAGCCUUUUUCUUUAUUUUAACCCAACUUAAUGCUGUGUGUGGCCCUCGGAUGCAGAAAUCACUUUGUCAGAUGACAAAAACACACUUUUAAUGCUGCUGUCACUUUACUUAUCUCAUUCUGAAAUGGACCUUCCCCCAGAUAUUUAUGAAGGAAAAAGUCAGAUGACUCUUUGAAUACUCCUAUAUACAUUUUAAGUACAUUUACAUAGAUCUUAUACAAAUCAACGUGUUUCAUAGACUUAAGUACGUUUAGAUGUCAAGAUUUCUCUGUCCUUUGGGAUGUACAAUGAUCAUAACAUCCCAAAGGACAGAGAAAUCUUAACAUCUAAACGUACUUAAGCGUCCUGUCAUCUAGAGACUUGUGCCUCCAGGUUUAUCAUGCAUAGAUCUAAAGAGCCGUUACCACAAAUGCUGAGGAUCCCAGUGAGAUUGGAUCAUUUUAAAAUAGAGAAAACCAUCUAUAAGUGGACUAUAUUUCAAAUGACUGCUCACUCAUCAAUGACAAUCCAAAAUAUUUAGCCAUGAGAGCAUCCAUCCAUGCAUUUCUAUAGCUGCCCCAGCCAACAGAGCACAGAGAGCAAAAAUUAUAAAACAUCCCCAAAGGCCUCAAAAUUAUAACGUGCACCGACAAUCAGAAUUUCUAUAUAUGAGUGGGAAGUUAAGGAGGAAUAUCUUCUCUUCAGGACAUGGAGUUGCAAUGUGAGGGAGUUCGGCCCAAAGUGGAACAAGGCUUAACUGGUUCUUGACCUUUUGAGAUGGUGACUAUGCUCAGGGUGCUAAAAGUUUGACAAGGAUUUUGUGUUUUUUUGCUUAGUGCAGACAGAAGAACUCUGAGUCUGCUGGAGAUAAUUCAACAAUAAAUCAUUUAGAAAGAAGAAAUGGAGGAUUUUGGAACAGUUUGGUCAAAGUGUCAGAUUUAUGUAAGUUAUGUGGAGAUGUUUAAGGAAUUUGGCAGAAAUGCAAGCCUUUAUUUUGGGGCUGAUUUUGUUCCAGUGACGUUUGGAAGCCCCAAAGUAAUUUAUCCCUGUGUUAUCCUGAUAGUACCUCUCUCUCUGUCUAUGUAGGCACAAAACAUUCUCCGUUUCAAACCGCGAUGUAAAAGCCAUCAUGUCGGCGAAUUCUUCCAUGUGAGGACUUUUCAACUUUUCUAUUAUCUGCAUGUAAAGAGAUUUUAUUUAUCGAUUCAUCACAUUAAAGCGGAAGCACAAGUUUUGUUUGAUGCUUUUUUUAAAUGAUGCAUUUAUGCAUCAUUUAAAAGUCUCUCUGUUCUCUCUGUUG